AUGGAGAAGAUUGUACGUCAGCUUCGAUUGUUAGCAGAGGAGGAAACAAUUGAUGAUGCAUCAGUGACCCACGCCGAUGAGGAAACUACACAAAGUGAUGGGUCACCUAUCAACUCUAAGGAGACAAAACUUCUGGAUCUCUUGAAAAAGCUUAUUGCAUCAAAGUCAGAACAAAAAGAAAUGCCGGAGGAAAAACGGCCUUCAGACGUAGAACAGAACUACGACGUUGAAGAAAUUGGAAGUCAAGAUUCCACAUUUGAAGCUGCAGAAGAGGACAAGGAAGCUGCAAAUAAAGAGCUAAACUACAACGUCGCAGGAAUCGGAGAUAACGGCUCAACUUUUGAAGGCAGUGGGGAAGGUGAAGAAGCAGAUGUAGAAGAAGAGCCAGCCUACGAUGGGGCAGUAAUCGGACAUUACAGUUCCGCCUUUGAAGGAUCCCAAAAUGUUAUAGCAGGACAUUCUACUGACGGCUUCAAUCAGACCAAAAAGGCAGUCCCUGCAUUUCUGGCUGCGGCAGCGAAAGAAAUAGGAGGGAAAGUCGUCAGCAAGCUUGGCGACAGGAUCGCGGAAGGUGUAGUGGAAAACCACCAGGAGAAGGUGGUGAGCGGUCUGCAGGACUACCUGGGGAAACAGAUGGACAAGUUUGACGAUGAGUACAAAGACCUGUUGAAAGACACCAGUGGACUUGCGGCGGGUUUGAACCGCCCGGUCGAGGAGAACUUGAUUGAUGGUGCGACCUACCUAGGCGUCGGCUUCGACGGAAGAGGUGUGUACUCGGCAGAGUCCAGGAAGAAAAGCGUCAUUCAGAGAUCAUGCGAAAACCUGCAAACUUAUGAUAGAAAUGAAGUUCCAGACUCCAUGACCGUUCAAGGCAUCUAUGACACCAACGUGGGGUCCUACACCUUCAGCUCAACAGAAGAAUACCGGCAGUACCUGGCGGAAAAAUCGGCCGUCACGUCUGCCAAGGCGAUGUUCCAGGAGGAAAUCAACAAGGCGUCUGGACACGUAGCAGUGGGUGGACUGUUUGGAAUCGGAUUUUCCGUAGGAGGCGGUAAAUCCAGCCAGAGUGGCACAUCUAGCCAAUCAUCAGACUCCAGUGCCAGUUCGUCUGCCAGCGCCCAGCUGAGUGAGCAACACGCACAAACAUACAUGGCUAUGUUGGAAAUAAACAUAUUCAGGUAUGAGAUCUUUAUGGACGACGUGACGCCAGACCGGCUGAAUGUGGGGUUCCUGCGAGAUUUUAUAUCACUGCCAGAAUCCUACUUCUCUCCCGGGGCAGAAAUCAUCUUCCAAAAUUUCUACCUCCGCUGGGGAACACACUACAUCAAGUCAGCCAAAUUCGGAGGCCAGCUGAAAAUCAUCAAAACAAAACAAGCUACAAAGGACCUGUCGAUGUCUGAAUUCGCCACUAGAGCUGAAGCUGACUGGAAGAUGACCAUGAGCACCUUCUCAGCUCUGGCGUCACAGACCAAGUCCAGCAGCUGGUUGGAUGAGGACGAGACGAAGACUGAGUCCAAAGAAGCCAAAGGACAGGCAGCUUCCGAUUCAGAUUCUCAGGCAAACAGAGAACAACAGAAGCAAGCGUCAUCGCAAGAGUACAGCAACGAGGUACUGGAGGUCCAAGGCGGAGACCAGCAGAUUGCCGCGGCCAUCACGGAGAUGUACACGACAGCCCUAACAACAGAGCUGAAGGAUUGGUUGGAGUCCAUUAACGACUACCCCAAACCCUUCUCCUUUGUGCUGAGACCGGUUCCAGAUCUGCUAAACAUCCCUUUCGUCACACUCUUUCCUGCAGGAGAUGUGGAUUAUGGUUGCUUUGGUAAAAGGGAUCUAAAGACGGAAGAGGGAACGGGUCGAAAAUAUUACACACAUACGACAACCAAGCAUGUUGGUGAUGACAACAGAGCUAAGAAUAGUAGCGAAACGGUAACGGUCUCUGAGAUCCGUUAUUGUAACUUCGCUGACCGUAAAGCCCUUGAGGACAGCAUGACUAAGAAGAGACUGUCUCUUGGACGUGCUGUGACGGUGUACCUGGAAGAGGGUCGACUCCUGAGCUCAGACUUCCUCCUGCCCGCCGGAGGGGCAGGUUGUGAAACCGCCAUGUUAGCCUUCCUUCAGGGGGACAACACCGGCGUGCCAACAUGGGAAGACAUGACGGGAGGGAAGGAGUUCACGGUCGUUUUCGACAUGCCGUCCGACAUCCCAGGGAUCCUUCAGGCGCAGGACGUGCUGGAACUGAAGUUCUUUCGUCACAAGUGGUUUUCCACUAGGAGAGGAUUUGUGCCGCAUUUGUAUGACGGCUACAAGAAUGGUGGAAGCAACGAUCUCCAGGAAAAAAAGGUCAGCGUACAAGGCCUUGUCAUGACGUACACCGAGGAAACCGGUGUCUUUACUGUUACGGAUGCCGACUUUGAGGCGUCAGCUCCCAUUGUACAAGACCUACCAGACUGGAUAAAAAGUCUCGACGUGGCCAGAGCUGAAUAUAAAAAACUACUCAGCCACCUAAGCAAGAAAUCUGAUACAGUAGGAGACGUUCCGUGUAGCAUCCAUUGGUCCAACGCGCAUCGCUUUGAUCCGACCAAUGGAGGAAAGUGCAUCCACUUCACUGCAGCGUCAGAAGGAGACAUCUUUGUUGUGUUCGCCAGCAUCCCGCAGAAUCAUGAGACUUGGAUUUACAUACAGAUCUCGCCAGGAGGAGUUGCAUUAUAUAAGGCAAUGCGGCUACAAACCACUCAGCUGAAUGACAAUGCUGGUGGUCUGGGUUCGACAACCUUGUACCAGUCUUACUUUGUCUGUGUGACUGAAGAUGUGGAUGAGACUAACACAGUCAUUCAAUACGGGAAGACACCUGACAAUGAGGAGAGACCGCAUGUCUGGCUGAGUUUCACCUUUAACGAGCUGGCGUCCCUUCGAUACUACUCCUUCGGAAGCGGGGAGUCUCCUGUCAAGGUGAUGGGACUGUCACUGUUGGACAGCCCGGCAAAGGACUUCAUCAUCUGCCGAGAAGGGACGGAGAUGAUCAAUGGGGUCUGUCAACAGAAAUGUCACCCAGAGUGUGAAGGCUGCCGUACUAGUGGAUCGAACUCUCCAAUGGACUGCAUCGCCUGUAAACAUCUGAAGGUGCCUUACCCCUACAAGGAGGGCCAAAUCGGCGCCUUUCAGUGUGUCGCGCAGUGUCCUCAGCAUAUGGAACCUUUUAAUGUUAAAAAAAGCUGUACAUGCAUCAAAAGGAUGGAGGAGACCAGCCCUGAUGGUGUUGUGGACUGUGUGACAGAGUGUCCCCUGACUCACUUCAAUGAAAACAGUGUCUGCAAAAAAUGCAGCAGCUUUUGUGUAGACGUCAGUAAUGAUGGAACGAGGGUUUGCUCAGGGCCCACUUCAGCUGACUGUGACACGUGCAAAUAUCAACACGACGGAAGUUGUGUUGAAGGUUGCAUUCCUGGGCAAAAGGCUGCAAAAGGGGAAGAAGACGGGUCUUUCACCUGUCAUCAAUGUCAACCUGGUCACGAGUGUAAGCAUGGGGACGAGCGAGAGGACAUCUGUCCAGCCGGAAAGCACAGCAACGAAAACAGAUCAGCGUGCGAGCUGUGUGCAGCAGGAGAGUUUAGCGGCACUCCGGGAGCAGCGUCCUGCCAGAAGUGUCCAGCUGGACAAACCAGCAACCCAGGAUCAUCUCACUGCAGACGAGAUGCCUCAUAUCUGACAUCUUACAAGGGCUGGAACUACUACAAGGUACCUGCAACUGGAGAUAUGACAUCGAACAAGGUGAAGGCAACGUGUGAGGCAGCGGGGUACGUGACGCCGUGUUCCGGGGACAGCGCCUGUAUAUUUUCCUCCUCGUCGUGCUUCCAAACAGGCUUGUUGGACUGUUAUAACCCCAUGAAGGAAGUAUCCCAGCAGCUGUGUGGUGCUAAUUUUGACGGCUGUCCACAGAUGUACGACGUGUACCAGUUCAUGAACAACUGGCAUGGUGGUGCCGCCUGUGGUGCACAGCCGAUACGCCGGUGCGCCGACGGCAAUGGACAGCAGGACAAGUACGCCUUCUGUGCCAAAGGUGGACGAUGAUUUCGAGUGCGGUGAGGGUACCCGUCACCAAACGGGCCAUAUGCUAAAUGGGAACCUGACGGUGAAUUUCCUCGGCUAAGUGAUGAUACAAGACUGGAUAUUACUGACUGUUCCGGUUGUGGCAACUACUUUUCUUCGGUACAAGCUUGCUAUCUAUCCCACUCUCUCUGUAUAUAUAUAUCUAUCUCUCUCUCUCUCUCGCCCUGUCUUUUCCUCUAUCUAUCUAUCUAUCUCUAUCUCUCUCACUCUUUUUGUACUGUAUAUAGAGUGAUGCUAUGAACAUACAAGUGUGAUCAUGUGAAAUUUUAAAACUUAUUCCAACUCAAAAAGGGUUACUCAACAACAUUUCUGUGAGCUACCUUAUUUGUUUUGAAACAUGUUGAUACUUUUCAAUGAUCAAUAAGCAUCGCAUCAAGACCGAUGGGUUUUUCUUCUACUGCAUGUUCUAACUCAUAUCAUAAUACCCGCUGUACACCAUUGAUAGUGCGUUUCUGUAACUCUAAGAAUUAUCAAAUUACAAAAUCUGAUCUAACUAAAGUCAUGCGAUAACAAGAAGCUCUUUACCACGAAUUGCAUUCCUUUUUCUUCUCGGGAUUGCUAAAAGCAUUUGAAAUGACUCUUGCUCACAUGUGGCCACUGACUCCAGUCACCUUUGUUACCUUUUUUUUUACUUUUUAAAUUUUAGCUAUGUCUUAUUUGGAUACAGGUACACAAUGUCCCUCUAUAGACAGAUAAAUUUACAACAUCCAGAGUGGGAGUAUUCCUAAAUUUUAGGAAGAUAGCAAAUUUGGGAAAGGUUGAUCUUGUUAUAGAGGUAGACGCUGUACCAACAUAUUUUGCAUAUUUUAUAGUUUUUAUCACCAUUUAUUCUGAUACGAGAACACGAUGUGCUUAGGGAUAUUUCAUAGCGUUUUAUUAUAUUACCAUUUAUUAAAAUCCAGACACACAAUGUCCUUCUGAUGGCAUUAGUCAUACCAAGUUUACUUGGUGAAAAGAGAAACGUUCAGUUUGUGAGUUUUUAUGAAAUUAUGUAAAAGAACCAAAAGGAAAGUCCAAAGGAAGGUUGACUUUGUCAUAGAUGUAGACGCUGUGCCAAUAGAUUUUUGCAUUUUAUUGCUUUUUAUUACCAUUUAAUUAGAUACAGGCACACAAUGUCCUUCUGAUGGCAUUAGUCAUACCAAGUUAACUUGGUGAAAAGUGAAACAUUCAGUUUGUGAGUUUUUAUGAAAUCAUGUAAAAGAACAAGUCCAAAGGAAGGUUGACUUUGUCAUAGAAGUAGACGUUGUGCCAAUAGAUUUUGCAUUUUUAUUGCUUUUUAUUACCAUUUAAUUAGAUACAGGCACACAAUGUUCUUCUGGUGGCAUUAGUCAUACCAAGUUUAUUUGGUGAAAAGUGAGCAACAUUCAGAUUGUGAGUUUUUAUGAAACCAUGAAAGACAGCGAGUAAGUCUAAAUGAAUGGUGACUUUGUCAUAGAGGUAGACGCUGUGCCAUUUGACUUUGUCCAUGUUAUUACUUUUUAUUACAAUUUAUUUCGAUAGAGGCACACGAUUUUCUUUUGAUGGCAGAAAUCAUACCAACUUUACUUGGUGAAAAGUGGUCAACAUUCAGAUUGUAAGUUUUCCGAAAUGUUUUGAAGGCAUCAAGUUUUAAAUAAUUGUAAUUCUGCCAUAGAAGUAGACGCUGUGCCAAUAGGUAUUGCUUUUUUUUCCAAUGACC